AGCUGCAAAGCUCUAUAUUGUUUGGGACUUUGGGUCCUCUGCAUCAUCUGUGAUUGUGAAGAAAUGGGACGUACCAAGAACAUUGCUCGUAAAUCAACCCAUGGUGCUCACCUCAAGCCACACCGCACUCCUCCGCGUGGUGGGAAAUCAGUGAAGAGGCUUCUGAUGGAUACUCCAAGCACCACCUCUGAAGAAGCAAGUGCUCUGGUUCUGCCCAACCUUGAGAAAUUCUCUAACACUGACCUCAGAGCUGGGCUUUCUCUACUCUAUGCUUCUAUUGGGUCCUGCUCGACUGCUCUGGUGGAGAGGUAUGAUGCUACAGUAAGAGAAGUUUUAACGAAGGAGUACAAUCAAGCUUUGGAGGAGCGAGAUUCGGCCUUGAGCGAGCUGGACAAUAUGGGAGCAGAGCUAAUGGAGGUUCAAAGCAGCUUCUCCAAGGCACAGGCUGAGUUCGAGUCAGGCAAGAGGGCAUGGGAGGCUGAGAAGAAGGAAUUGACUAAGAGACUUAAUAAGGAGUUCAAGAUCUUUGGAAGAGAGCUAAACAAGGUCGUUCAGAACUUGUCCAAGACCCAGGCUGAGCUUGAGCAGAGGUACAAGGAACAUGACAGCUUGGAAUUAGGGAAGAAAGUUUGGGAGGCCGAGAGGAAUGAAAUGGCGGAGAAGAUAGAAAUGGCGGAGAAGGAAAAGGAAAAUGCAUAUUGCAAAGGGUACCUGGAUGGGUGGUUCAAGAAGCCCCAUGCCUAUGUCCUCGCAUGGCAUGAGGCCAAAUUGGCCGCUGAGGUUACUGAUCAUUGUGUUUUGCAGAUGAUGAGAAAAUUACCAAAAUCACAAGUUUAGAGGUUACAUGUCAUACUACGGGAAAUUCUACAAUAUAUCCAAGAGUUACUGAGGUAGUGCUAAUCUUAUCAGCAUUUCUGUCAACGUUGCAGGUUCUAUUUUGUUGACAAGGGUUCAUGGAUCGGAGUUCACUUUUUUUCUAACCCAUGUCUAUUACACUGUUCGGCUUCUUGUCUGUUUAUAUAAGACUCGAUAGAGCUUUUAUUCACACAAUGAAACUAUGACACUAGUCACUAAUUAGCUUCAGCUUUAUAUG